UCAGGCUUUCUCUUCUUUGUGCUGAUGGAGUUCCAAGUAUCUUUAUUCCAGGUUCUCAUCACCUUCUUCUUUCUGGUUUUGUUUAUGAUGAUCGGGAAAUCAAAAGCUAGGAAUUUAGUUCCAAACUUGAUUCCAGGGCCAUGGAAAUUACCUUUGAUCGGAAAUCUGCACCAGGUCGCCGGUUCUGCUCUACCCCAUCGAACCCUACGGGACAUGGCUAUCAAACAUGGUCCCCUCAUGCACCUGCAGCUCGGUCAAGUUUCCACUGUGGUCGUUUCUUCUCCUGAAAUGGCUAAGGAGAUUUUGAAAACGCAUGAUGUCGUCUUUGCUUAUAGGCCUUUCCUUGUUGUCGCCAUGAUUACAACUUAUGAGUGCACUAACAUCGCGUUUUCACCAUUAGGAAACUAUUGGAGACAACUGCGCAAAAUUUGCAACGAGGAGCUUCUGAGCGCGGCUCGGGUCGGUUCGUUCCGAUCGAUAAGAGAAGAGGAAGUGUUGAAUAUGGUCGAAACAAUGAAAGCAAACGAAGGGUUGCCUGUGAAUCUGAGUGAAAAAGUUUUUUCAGCGACUUACGCCAUAACAGCAAGGGCUGCUUUUGGUAAGAAAUGCAAAGAUCAAGGUGCUUUCAUAUCGACUAUAUCAGAAGAAUCCAAGGUGAAUUCUGGUUUCUUUAUUUCCGAAUUUUUUCCUUCGCUAAAAUUCCUGGAUGUAGUUUCGGGUCUAAAGCAGAGAGUUGAAAAGAUUCAUAGAGAGUCCGAUAGGAUACUUGGGAACAUUGUUAAUGAACACAAAGGUAAAACAAAAACCAGAAGUGAAGAUGUAGGCAAGGAAGAUCUGGUUGACGUUCUUUUAAGGAUUCAAGAAGAUGACCAAUUCCCCUUAACUGAUAACAACGUCAGAGCCAUCAUCUUUGACAUUUUCAGCGGCGGGAGUGAGACAUCAGCAACAGUUGUAGAUUGGGCAAUGGCAGAAAUGAUUAAAAACCCAACAGUUAUGGCAAAAGCACAAGAUGAGGUAAGAGAAGCAUUUCAAGGCAAAGGAAACGUAGAUGAAACAGGCAUUCACCAACUCAAAUAUCUAAACUGUGUUAUAAAAGAAACCCUGAGACUGCACCCUGUUUUCCCAUUGUUGCUGCCAAGAGAAUGCAGCCAAAGCUGUAAGGUUAAUGGAUUUGACAUACCAUCCAAGACUAGAGUCAUCAUCAAUGCAUGGGCGAUCGGGAGAGAUCCAAAUCACUGGGUCGAGCCUGAAAAGUUCGACCCCAAACGAUUUAUGAACAAUUCAGUCGAUUUCAUAGGCACAAAUUUCGAGUUCAUCCCAUUCGGAGCUGGAAGAAGGAUAUGUCCAGGCAUAUUAUUCGCAUUACCAAAUGUAGAGCUUCCACUUGCCCAACUGCUGUUCCAUUUUGAUUGGAAGUUGCCGAGUGGAAUGAAGGAAGAAGACUUGGUCAUGACAGAGGUGUUUGGCAUGUCUGUGAGGAGGAAAAAUGAACUUAUCCUGCUUUCUGCUCCUUAUAACGCUUCCAUUAAUGUUGCCUAGAAGCACAGGGAAGAUGAUAUUUGUUUCAGUGCUAUAUAUAUAUGC